AUGUGGAGCUUUGCCCCAAUCGGAGCUGCUGCAGUGGAGCAUAACGACAACCUAUCACCUCCGAUGGUAGCUGUGAUUGUGGUGUGUAGAUCUGUGGGUGCUGAGGUGGUGGUGGAUACCAAGGAGAUCGAGGGGGACGCAGCGGUGGAGGCAGAGGUGGUGGUUGUGGUGGUAGAAGUGGCAGGGAAGGAAUUGUAUGAGCAAGACGUUGACAAAAGUAUCAAAAUUUAUCGUCCUUUGGAUAAAUCUUGGUGCGAGGGUUGGGUGAAAUCGUUUGAUAACAUUUUGGGGAAGCAUUUGGUGCGGUAUAAGGAUGCCAACGAGGAAUUAUUGAAUCUUGCAGAGGAAAGGAUUGAGUGGGUAGCUCUGCCGGUGAUGAAUAAGUUUUCAGAGACUGCGAAGGAUUUCAGUGGUAGAAGAUGA